CAUUGCACAUGAGACACAGUGCGAGAGUUUUUGCUAAUACAGAAGAGAAUAGUAGCAUGGUGCAGAGAAAAUGGCACCCUUGAAAUCGCUGGAGAAAGAGUACCCUCUCAUUGAUUCCAAUUUUCAAAGCUUCUGUGCCUCACACGCCAUUUUCUCUGUUCAAGAUUUCCUUCUUCAUGAUAUCGACGCAUUAAUUGCCUUGGCGGAUAAUCACUGUGCUUCACAGACACUCAAGCAAGGAAUCGACCAGCUUCUCUCAAUAAUAGAUGCUCGUCAUCCACCGUUGCUAAAUGGUUUGCAGCUCUUGGAAGAGGCUCAGCGGAAUAAACAUGUUUUGUCUACUGGAUGUGAAGGGAUUGAUGCAUUGCUCGGAGGUGGAUUACGAGAAGGACAAUUAACUGAACUUGUUGGGCCAUCCGCAUCAGGAAAGACACAGGCAUGCCUACUGUCUGCUUCAACUGUUGCAAAACAUAAGGGUUCCGUUAUAUACUUAGAUACAGGAAACUCCUUUUCACCUCAGCGUAUUGCACGUUUUGUUGGCCAGUCUUCUGGUUAUGAUUCGGACAAUCAGGCUGAGCAUAUACUCAAAAAGGUAUUGGACAGGAUAAUUUGUCACUCAGUGUUUGACAUCUAUCAGAUGCUUGAUGUGCUACGUCAACUGAAGAUUAAUUUAAGAUCUGAGACUGUGAAAUCAAAUCAGCACGUUCGAUUGCUUAUUGUUGAUUCAAUCUCUUCACUGAUUACCCCCAUCCUUGGGGGCCGUGGUCCUCAGGGGCAUGCUUUAAUGAUAUCUGCUGGGUAUUUACUGAAGAAGUUAGCUCAUGAGCAUAAUAUUGCUGUUUUGGUAACGAAUCAUGUGGUGCGUGGGGAAGAUGGUAUUUCCAAACCAGCUCUUGGAGAGAGUUGGAAGAGUGUCCCACAUGUACGGCUUUUGUUUUCCCAAGAUUGUGGAAGCAAUGUGUGCAAUAUUUCAAUGCUAAAACAUCCAUCCAUGGCUUCUGGUAGAGCUGCAAGUUCUACUAUGUUUUUAUGACUGUUAGUACGGUCGAUUCAAAAUUAGAUAUGCUUCAUUAUAACUCUGAUUCCCUCGUGAUAUUCGAAGAUAAACUACUGCAACCAUUUAGAUUAGAAUCAAUUCUGAUAAAUAGAAAUACAUCAAACAUUUUAUGUCUUGAAGGAUUGAUGUCUGUAGUCCUUGACAUUUUAGUUGUCGUACACGUAGCCAUUGGUUUUAACAUUCAACACUGUAGUUUGUAAACGUUGGUUUGAAAGCACAAUAUGCUCCAAAGUUAAUUCAUUACAUGAAAUUCAAGAAAGUUUGCAAUGA